CGGAGCGACUGGGGGCGGGGCAGGCGGGUGCGGACUUAAGUGUCUGCAGCUGGUGCCUUCCGCCGAGUUGACUUUUCGGUUGUUGAUCCGCGGUGGCCGGGUGGUGUGCGGUCGGGCGAGACGCGCGGUGCAAUGGCGACCUUUGUGAGCGAGCUGGAGGCGGCCAAGAAGAACUUGAGCGAGGCCCUGGGGGACAACGUGAAACAAUACUGGGCUAACUUGAAGUUGUGGUUCAAGCAGAAGAUCAGCAAAGAAGAGUUUGACCUUGAAGCUCAUAGACUUCUCACACAGGAUAACGUCCAUUCUCACAACGAUUUCCUCCUGGCCAUUCUCACACGUUGUCAGAUUUUGGUGUCUACACCAGAGUGUGCUGGAUCUCUGCCCUGGACAGGGGGUUCUGCGGCCAAACCUGGGAAACCCAAGGGCAAGAAAAAACUUGCUUCAGUUCGUCAGAAAUUUGAUCAUAGAUUCCAGCCUCAGAACCCCCUUUCUGGAGCUCAGCAAUUUGUGGCAAAGGAUCCCCAAGAUGAUGACGACUUGAAACUUUGUUCCCACACAAUGAUGCUUCCCACUCGGGGACAGCUUGAAGGGAGGAUGAUCGUGACUGCCUAUGAGCAUGGGCUGGACAACGUCACUGAGGAGGCUGUCUCAGCUGUUGUCUAUGCAGUAGAGAAUCACCUUAAAGAUAUUCUGACUUCAGUUGUGUCAAGAAGGAAAGCUUAUCGAUUACGAGAUGGCCAUUUUAAAUAUGCCUUCGGUAGUAAUGUGACCCCACAGCCUUACCUGAAGAAUAGUGUGGUGGCUUACAACAACUUCAUAGAAAGCCCUCCAGCCUUCUCUGCUCCUUGUGCCGGUCAGAAUCCAGCUUCUCACCCACCCUCUGACGACGCUGAGCAGCAGGCUGCUCUCCUGCUGGCAUGCUCAGGGGACACCCUACCUGCAUCUUUGCCUCCAGUGAACAUGUAUGAUCUUUUUGAAGCUUUGCAGGUACAUAGGGAAGUCAUUCCUACACAUACUGUGUAUGCCCUUAAUAUUGAAAGAAUCAUCAUGAAACUCUGGCACCCAAAUCAUGAAGAGUUACAGCAAGACAAAGUCCACCGACAGCGCUUGGCAGCCAAGGAAGGGCUUUUGCUCUGCUAAAUUAGAAUUUGAGGGUGUGGAACCAUCAUGUAAUUCAUUGAUUAUUGAAAAUUGAAUGCUCUUUGGGUCCACAUUUCAAGGCUCAAGUGUAUAGUGUAUAUAUAACUUUUCCUAUGGAAAUGUGACAUUGAGUACAUUUUGUGUUGCUACUGUGAAGCCUUAGUAUAAAUUUAACUGGUAAUGGCGUAUAUGUCUAUAUGUGUAUGUUCCCAAUUCUGGGAACAGGCAUUGGUGAAGGAAUAAGGAUGUUUAGGCAUCUGAGGCUUAGUUUGUGUGGUGUGCAUGUAAGGUAGAUGAGUUAAGGAAGCUGUUAUAACUUAGUCCCCAUGACUAGCAUUUGUUUGUUCAGUGAUGUAAUACAUUCUGUAUCUGAUAGGUGUACAAUUUCUGUCUCUCCUGAAGAUCUGUAUGCUUGCAUAUUGGUUGGCAUGACCUAUACAGUGUUAAAAAUUCAGAUGCCUCCUGUAGUGAUCAGUUAGCAGCUCUAGGUUGUCCCCAAUCAUCAUUUUAACUCCACAGAAAUAUACCACUUGGAAAUGUUGUGUUAGACAAAAUAAAGCCCUUUCUUUUCAUUUAAAGCCCAAAUCAUACAACUCUUGGAAUACAAUUACCCUUGUAAAAUGCCUCCUUCUAUCUCAAGAUUUUUUUUUUUUAGCAUGAAUAUGCCCUAAGACUGACAGGCUUAUCUAUUAUUUCUAUAGAAUGUGUUUUAAGAAAUCUUGCAAAACAAACUGGAUUUAUAAUUCUCCUACUCUUAUGAAAUAUGUUUCUACCCUUCCAAGUGAUAACAUGGAAAUCAUUUCACAUUUGACAAUAUUGCUGAUGACCAACUUUGUUGUUUUUGAGAUGUGUUGUUGUUUACUCAAGUAGUGUUGGUGGAUAAAUUAGAAUGUAUAGAUGGUCUAAAUAAUGGAUGCGUGUAGAAAUGUAUAUAUGGUUCAUGUAUCUGGAUCUGUAUUUGAUUUUUUAUUUUGAAUGUAAUAAAUGUUUUGGGGGAAGCUCUCCUGUUUGUUAAAAUAAAUGUGUAAGGAAUACUACCUCCUUCAGAAAUAGGAAAAGCCCUUCUUUAUGAGAUCUUGGCAGAGACUUUUCAAAAGAUAGUAGACGAGAAAGAUUAAAAGGGAAGGAGAGGUUUCUGUAAAGUAUACCAUUUCUUGCUUUUGUGAUUAAGACUAAAAGAAAAAAGUCAUCAGGAGUUAGUUUCUCUCAGUUAUUGGCACAAGCCCUUGAGAGAGGUGGGUGAGAUAAUACUCAAGGAUUUUUAGGGUUUGGAAUAAUUUAAACUGAUGUUCACAUGAUUAUGGUGGUUUUGUUAGUGCUACCCAUACAGAGGCAGCCAGAAGCCUCAACCUGUCCUGCUGCCCCUUGCAAUGGCAGGUUCAUAGGGUCUUUUAGCACAGACGAAUCUCCAAGCUGGAAAAUUCGUCCAUAGUCUAGGGCCUGUCCCAAACUCUGAGUCACCUAUUUAGUGGGACACUUUGCUUCAUCUGUUUCAGGUCUACACUCUAAAAUAAGAUCUGUUCUCCAUGCCAGUUAAGAAAUCAUUUUCUGAAGUGGAAAGAUGGGGUUGAGGGCAAGGCUAUAAGGUAGAAAGUAAUAAUAUCUUCAAGAAAGACUUUGAAAGACUUGAACUGUUUCACCAAAGGCUGGCUCCAUCUCUGACACCUUUGCCAGCUGUGGGCUCCUGCAUGUAGUCUAUUCUAUAAUUAAAAGAUCAUGAGUACUUAUUAUCAAGCAUCUAGAAAAAUAUUUGAAUGAGGAAGAGCUGUUAGAAACCAAAUAAUUUCAGUUGUUCCAGGUUAUUGCUCAUACAUGGUUUUAAGUAAUUGUCUGUUAGCUAUAGGCCUAUCACUGUGCAAUCAGGUUUGCUUAUGCUUGCUUGCUUUAUCAAGCAGACUAAAGACUGGCUUGACACACAUUAGCACCCUAUCACCCCCUGCUGUGGUUAGCCACCCAACAUUGCAACACUUCUCUCCACUGCCUGAAGUCACUGGGAUGUCCCCAAGUUUCAUAGAUUAUCUUCUAAAUGUCUACUCUUCUUUGACCAUAGAAAAAUACUUAUAUGCUACCUCUCAACUCCUACCACAAUGCCUCUGGGUCAGGCUUGGAAAGUGCAUCAUGCAUUUAAGCUGAUGGUUUAUAAAGGAAUAAUAAAAUUUCUAGAUUAUUCUUGGAGAGUAGACCACUACUUACUUGAGUCAGGUGCAUGUUAAACUGUCAAGUUUAAUUUUACUGACAGCACAUGAUAAAGGGAUCUAUGGGUAUGACACUUUCACAGAAAUUUCAAA